CGAUAACAACCUGCACCGCUUAGAGGUUCAUUGAGAUAUGUAAUCAGCAAAGCGUCUGAAGAAGAUCAAUAUACAUAAACAAGACGAUAUUUCACACUUACGUUCUUAUGGACGCAGCUUAGAGACGCAAUGGUGUUUUAAUGGAGAAUGAACGUGUUGAGAAUUUAUUGACGCCAUGAGCUCCACGAUGUGCAUCUGAAGCAAUCCGAGGAGGGAUAAAUGCAAGGGAGACAGAGUGGCCCUUGAACGGGUAGCUACCUCAGGAGAAGACCCAAAUGAAUCAUUUACCAUCGGCAAGUUUGAUGUAUUACACGUCUUUAUUAACGGCCGGUAUCAUGUGACACAACGUCUUUUGUUGAGAAAAAAACUCUGCAGGAUCGAGGAUAGUGAAUAGCAAACUAUGUCAGACAAGCAGACACAGAGAAACAUGGAGCAGGUUACGAGACAAGGUACCGGCCUAGCUAUUAUCACUGAAUCCCCAUCAGAGAUGGCUGGAUCAGGACGGAAGACACCGAGAACUGAACAGGAGACAGAGGAGAGAGAAUGCACCUCACUCAAGGAACAUAUCGCUAAGUUUGGAGAUGGUACAACCUUUCAUGGGGUUCGUUUCGUCACAGACUAUAAACUCCAUUUUCUUAGAAGGUUAGUAUGGGUCUGUAUUGUCGGUGGUAUGACAGGAUAUCUCUUGUAUGGAAUCUCCAUCAGUAUCAUGACCUAUUACCAGCGACCAGUGUCGAGUGUGGUCAAAAUCAACUACGUUCGUGAGAUUCCAUUUCCUGCUGUGACAUUCUGCAACUACAACCAAUGGAAGAAAUCUCAAGUCCCACCCGACUUCUUAGAUGCUGUACGCUCCUUGAAUCCAGCCAACAAAUCACCUGUGGAUGUGGAGUACUUAAAGUCACACAAUGUUAUGAAUCUGAGGGAUCGACUCAUUAAUGAUACACAUCAGAUUGAAGACAUGCUGCUGGAGUGCACCUUUAAGGCAGCCAAUUGCUCCGCUGAUAACUUCACUCGAAUCUUCACUGAUUUCGGCUUGUGUUACUCGUUCAACGACGAUCCUGAAGACGUGUAUUACAUUCAUCAAUCAGGGAGCCAUAAUGCGCUGUUUAUGAAGAUCAACGUGGAACAACAGGAAUACAUCUUUGGAGAGAAUAAUGCUGCAGGAAUUAAGUUGCUGGUUCACCCUCAAGGACAGCGCCCUCUUGUGAAAGAAUUAGGUAUCGCCGUCUCGCCGGGCUAUGAAACACUAGUUGGAGUUCAAAUAAAACAGGUUUUGAAUUUGAAGGAACCCUACGAAUCUAACUGCACUGAUGGUGAUCUGAGGUUUUCUAACAAUUACACAGUUCCACUUUGUCAGUACGAACACAGGAUUAAGAACAUCCAGGAAAGAUGCAGCUGCAGAGACAUGAGACACCCAGGAGAUAAAGACGAAGACGAGUGUCCCUUGUCUAAAUAUUACACCUGUUUACUGCCAGCUGAGGCCAACUUCGCCGCCAAAGACAAGUCUUAUGACUGCCAAGUUCCCUGCAAUCUCACCAUCUAUGACACUCGUGUAUCCUUCGCCUAUUAUCCCGGUCAACAUCACUUAGACGAACUUACACGGAUGACCAACCGCACUGAGAGUGACAUCAGGAAAAACGUGUUGGAUGUUAGAAUCUACUUCGAAGAACUCAGCUUCCAGAAGAUACAAGAAAUCCCUUCCUACGAAUUCACAAGUUUACAAAGUAGUAUUGGCGGCUAUAUGGGCCUCCUCAUAGGCGCCAGUCUAAUCACGAUGUUCGAGUUUUUGGACUUCAUCUUGGUUACCACGGCAACCUAUCUAAUGAAGAAUCGAGAGGUCAAACGACUGAAGGGAAACCGAGUGAGGGGAAAAGAGGAUCGACACGAAGGGUCUACUACAAACACAGAGGAAAGGCCUUACUUCAUUCAAAAGUAAAGUAUACUGGAUGGAGCGCCCUCUCCUCUCGUGAACUCUGCCAAAAACUGGCAGCUACAAUUCACUGAGAGCAGUUUUUUAGAGCAGUCCGGACGCCUCACCUCACCCAGACUGUCCAAGCACAUUCCAGAUAAAAUCGCUCGCCGUCAUUUGACAAUUUGCAACAUUUGUUGUAGUUUCUCAUCGCUUAUAAAAAGACUCGAAAUAUUACAAAAACAACAACAAAUUUUAUGGCUUGUAAACAUCAUUAGGUAUGUAAAAAAAAAGAAUCAAGACACAAAAA